AUGUUUCUCCUCUGCAAUGGAAUCCUUGUCUUCCUAGCCAUGAACUCCGGUCUGAUCAGUUCUUCUCCACUAGAGACGGCUGGAAUUCAUAUUCAUGAUGAAUUACACAGGAGGAAUAGAGAUGUUCUUCAGGGGGCAUCUGAAUUGUCAGACAAGAAGGCAUCGGUCACAGAAGAGGAAGUUGUAUUGGGGAGUUCCAAGAAUUCAGAGAGUGCUCUAGUAGUAGGAGGAAGAGGAGGAAAUGGGCGAUUGAUUACAAUGGAAGAUGAAAAUGGGUAUUUGAUUGCAGUGGGAAGAGAAAGCAGUUUCGUACCUGCAUCAGUGGCGGCAGCUGAAGAUGAAGAAGAAGGAAGUACAGAGGAAUUGAACAAAAAAUGUGAGGAUUUUAUAAGAAGGUUUAAACAUGGAAUCAAAACUGAAGCUCAGCGGCAACUGAUCACGGUUUGA